UGCGGGGGGCUUCCAUGUCCUUGAGCUUGUAUUGGUAAAUGGUUAACGUGUUUUUACCAAGGGGAUGUUAACUAUUUACCAAUGCAAGGUCAAGGAGCCAUCUUACCUAUUUAUAAAAAUGGUCGGAAGUCUGUACCUCAAUUCGGAGGAUGGGAUCAGAACAGCCCAGAUACAAACUACACCGUUGUGUUCUCUCAGGCUCGUGCUAACCGGAAGCAAAACAAGACCAACUUGACCGAGUUCAAGCGUAACAGCCUUGGGAAUGAACAGGAAUUCAUGGCUGCUCACCCUCAUCAUCCUCAUCAUCAUCACCAAGAUGACUCUGUUACGAGGAAAAAGACGAUUCUGACUUACAUAAAUUGCUGUAUUAGGCCUUGAUUUCCUAAGAAGGCAAGCAAAUCAUCAAUUCCUGCCUGCCAUUUGUAAUCAUUAAUUUAUUCACAUCAUCAUGAUGUAGUCUUAUAGACGAUAAGACCCGUUUGUCAAAUGAAAACCUAAUCAACAGCUUUAUUCAUCUCCCA